UAUAUUAUAUUAGUUGAACUUACAUGCUUUUAUACGAGAGACGCCUUCUUCAGAAGCAUAUAUUUAUAUUAUAUAAAAACAUAUUAUAUUCAUGUAGUAACGACAGUGUACAGAAGAUACAAGUAAUAUGUUUUCCAAAGCGAUCAGAUUUCCGACGGAUAGUCGUGGGAGUGAGUUUGUGUCACCAGCCUGGUACUACAACAACGGCACACUCAGCGAUCGAAACUUAAGACAAAAUGCGGCACCGUUUUUGGUAUCCGGUGUGAGAAUUGCCAAUAUUGGAAGAUCUGAUGUGGAAAUAAGCCCCAACCAUUACAAUCCUGCUUUGUAUCGAAAACAUCGUGUUACGUUGGGGAAUUCGCUCCAGUACACAGCCACCAGAGGUCCCACUACACUUCCAUUACGACAAAGUCACUACGCGGGACGCGCAGCCGCCGUGAAUUUUUCCGGACCUGAACUACGUCGCUGCAUAAAUUUUAAGAACGAGCAAUGCCAAGUUUUGGACGACGGUUUCGCUUUUGAUUACAAUCGGAUUGCGGACAACAAACGACGUCAGGUCGUUGAAGAACAUUUGAAGAAACCUAAGAGACAAAAGAAACCUUCUCUUUUACCAAUCAAGUUAAAAUGGGAAACCUCCACGAAAUCUCCGAGUAACCCGUCAAAAAGCGACUGCCUCCAGAACAAAUUUAUCAGUAUUGGACCAAAUGCCCCCGUUCCAGAGCUCGAACCGUUGCAGUGGUCGCCAAAAAAUACAACAAACUACGCUUUUUUGGGACGAAUGAAAACGCCUUUAGUCGAACAAUCAAUUGCGAGAGCAGCAAAAGAAACCUGUCCGGGGCCAGAUUCUUACAGCAUACCGUUAAUGUCCGAUUCUGCAACAACAUUGAAUUUACAACAUAAAUUUUGUAGACCACAAAAAAGCAACAAACCAAAGUCAGUCAUUGAAUGUUUGGACUUGUUGGUUGCAAACGAAGUUAAUAUUCCAAAACUAGAGAAGUAUACGGGAGUAAAGUCACCGUUAAAUACUAUUGGAAAAUUCUCGAACAGUCUGGAUUUUAGUUUAAACGCUGUUUCGAAAAGAUUACAAGACGAUCAAAAACCAGCACCGACUUUGUACAAUACUAAAUACGAACUUUUAUACAAAACAAACCCGAAAUGGUCAAUGAAGGGAUCGAAAAGGAACACUUCGCUUGCAAACGUUAAUACUUCGGAUAACAUCGGUCCAUCGACAUACAACAUUAAAAAUGGUGACAUUGGUUAUAAAAUUGCUUUGCGAAUGGAAAACUAUCAACGGCACAUGGUGAACUGUCGUCAUAUGCAAGACCGAUAACUGUCAGAUAUCACUCAGAUAAACGAACUUUAUUCAAGUAUCAUGUGAGUUACCAUAAGAGUGUAAAAAAGUUAUUGAAAACUGCACUUAAUCGCAUCAAAUGAUUUAAUGGAACAACAGUCAACGAAACAUUUAUAAAUUAAUAGUUUAUAAAACUAACUAAUAACGAAUACACAUAACAUAUUAUCAAACUGCAGUGGUUAAGAAGUAUUUUAAUAAUUUUUGUCAAUCCGAUUUUAUAUAAAUACAGAAUAUUUUAAUCUAAA